AUACCACCAUUCAAAUUAUCGAUGCUAAUGAACUUGCAAAUGACAAUGAAAUACUGCUUGAUGGACUGUUUGACAAAUUCGAUCAAUUUAUAACUGAAUUACGUGAAGAUCUAAAUACAAAUUCAUCAAUCCCCAAAGAACUUUUACCAUCAGAGGCUAUACAAUUAGUUCGUGAAGAGGGAUCGCAUCGAGAAAAUCCUUUAGAAAGCUCAGAAUAUCUUUUUCUGCUAAAUACUGAUAUUGAAAGUUGGAUUAAAGAAUUUGAAACUGCAACGGCAUCAAAAUAUAUAAAACGUCAUGAGGAUCAUCUAGUAAAUGGAAUUCGUAUCUCUUAUAAGUGUUACCGUGGGGGAACAUAUGAAAGUGUAGCUGGAAAUGAUCUAA